CUAUCUCGCUUGCUCCUGCUGCCAGAGGAGUACGGCCCUCUUGCCUGAGAAGGAGUCGUGAGGGCGACGGUUUAUCCCCGGAGCAGUAUUAGCACGCGGUGCUCUCUUGAUACUCUGUACCUUGAAAGGAAUGGAAGCAACAUCAGGGCCAAGCCUGCGGGGUUUGUUCGAUAAGGACGAUGACAGCGUACAUCCUCUCGUCAACAACAGCAUCUUCAAGGCCUGCCCAGCUGGCAUGCGGUUCGAGACCAAAGAGGACUGUAAGCGGUUCGUCCGGGAGCAUUGCCAGGAGGGAAGCAACCCCGAUUACCCCUGGAUGCAGCAGAUCUUCACCACCCUGGUGACCUGGCGGCAGCUGGAGCAGUACCUCUUCCCCUGCUUGCGCGACAUCUGGAAGAAGACCCCCUUCCGGAAGGCCGCGCCGCUUGACCCCGACCGAAACGUUUUCCUCGGCGAUGCCGAGCCAUCGGGAGAGUGGCCGCUGCACGCCGAGGUGUUGGCGGGGGUGAGGAAGCGGCUCGAUCUGCCGUUUCACGGGGGGGGCGUUGACGCUUCGGGAAGGCGGCUGGGGUUCCUAUCGUGCGCGUCGACGGAGAACACCCUGAGAUAUCUGUUCCACCACAUGCGGUGCGGCAUUCUGGUGGUGAUACGCAACAAGCGGCUCGUCGUCUUUGCGCCGUUUGCUAACAAAGACUACACCAACGAUUGGGACGGCGCGCUGGGGAUCAAGGAGGAGAACCUGCAGGACUACUACCGAAAAAAGGAGGAGAGCUACAGGAAGGAGAACGUGAUUCAAGGGGUAGAAAACUGGUGGGCGAACGGGAACAUCAUUUGCAACGAACACCAGCGCCCGCGAGAAACAAACAGUCAGUACUGGGGGGACCACUUCAACUCCCCUCUGAGAGACAUGAUCGAGCAGGCGUGUUCGUCGAGGGAUGUCGCUGACUGCGAGUUCUUCAUCAACAAGCGGGACUACCCGCAACUCAAGUUCAACCCGAACUCGCUCAAGCCGGUGGAGCCCUACGGUUUCAUCUACGAUAAGGACGACCGUGAUCCGGAGCAAGACGUGCCCUUGAAGAGGCAUCGCUAUCCGUCCUUGACGCCCAUCGUUAGCUUCUACUGCUCAGAGAGGUUUGCUGACAUCCCGUUCCCUACGUCGGAAGACUGGGAAGCGGCCACGGGAAUGGUUUUCCCCAAGACUUUCAGCCACCAGGUGAACAAGGAGGGCGAGGUGGAGAUCGACGAGCCGCGAGAUCUCUUCACCCAAGAAAACUUCAAGAAGUUUGAGUGCGACUGGGCCGACAAGCAAGAGACGGCAUUUUUCAGGGGCACGGCAACGGGAGGAGGCACUACCCGCGAGACCAACCAGCGACUGGCAAUUGCCUGGCAGUCCUUCGAGUGGGAGUCAAGCCCGGAGCACAACGGCAAGGGGUCAUCACCAUCCGAUGGCGGCGGUAGCGCAUCGACCGACCCCUUGCUAGACGCCGCGAUAGUCGGUUGGAAUCUGAGAGACAAGAAGAUCGCCGGGCAGGAGAUGCGGUUUCUUGAUCCGACCACGAUCCCUUUCAAGGGAGGAAGGGAGAACUUCACGCCCAUCUACCAACAGUCCAAGUUCAAGUACUUGGUGUACGUGGAAGGGCACUGCGCGGCAUGCCGGUACGGGUUUAUGAUGCGCCUCGGAUCUGUUAUCCUUAAGGUGACGUCGCGCUGUGUCGCCGACAGCAUGUGGUACUUCCCUCUCCUGCAGCCGUGGGUGGACCAUGUUCCCAUCAAGGCCGACCUCUCCGAUCUAGAGGAAAAAAUUCGGUGGUGCAGAAGCCAUGACGAUGAGUGCAGGAAAAUGGCGACUGCCGCGGCGAAGCUGUACGAAAAGUUCGUGUCUCAAGAUGCAGCCCUAGACUACGUUGAGAUGCUCUCGCACGAGAUCAACUCUCGGUAUCGCAUCCCGCCGACGUGGUGGACUCCCUCCGCCGCCCUGGUCGACAUCCCCCCACCUUACUCACAAGAGUUCAAGUGCAACACGUGCAGCCGAGAGGGGAAGUGCACGCGCUGCAAGGCGGACGACGCCGACCGCCUGGAGCGUGAAAAGAAACUGGAGAAGAAGAAAGAGGAUACUGCGGAGGACAAGAAGCGCCAAGAGAAGAGGGCGCGUGAGAGCAUUCUGAAGCGCGCUAAGGCGAAGAAGAAGAAGCAGCAGGAGGAGGAAGACCAGCAGCAACAGCAGCGGCAACGACAGCUGGAGGCGGAGAAAGCAUCAAGCUCCGAAUGGUAGCUUGCUCGUGUCUGCAACCCUUGAUGUCUGUUGUACUGGAUUCUCGUUGGUUGGCGGUAACAGUGUCAGCGAAGCAAGAGGAGGAAGGAACUGGGGGGUUGAAGAUUAAAAACUAUAGAGGCUGGCAGCCCUUCGAUGUACACUAUGUGUCGCUAGGGGAAGAGGGACAGUCGAGUUGUUGGGUAGUUGAUAUUAAGAACCCUCUACCCCUAUCAGCUUCGUCGACCGGCGGAGGGAGCAGCACCGGGAAGCAUAAGAGGAGGAGAAGUAGCCAAGAUCAAAUAUCAUGUGCGUAUCGACCGCCAGUACCAAGGGCAGAACCAGCACGCACACGCCACAAGCACAAGUGCCCCAAGCAAGCCCUCACCUCACCUCACCUGAAAUUGAAAGAACCCUUGAUGUGGAGAGCGGAGGAU